GGAGGAGCGAGAGCAAAGAUGGCGGCGAAUCCGAACUCUAGCAAACCUCUGUUUGAAUGUCCAAGCUGGGCAGGGAAACCUCCUCCUGGCUUGCACCUUGAUGUUGUGAAAGGAGAUAAACUUAUAGAGAAGCUGAUCAUCGAUGAAAAAAAAUACUACUUGUUUGGGAGAAACCCUGAUCUGUGCGACUUCACAAUCGAUCAUCAGUCUUGCUCCAGAGUUCAUUCAGCCCUAGUCUACCACAAGCAUUUGAAGAGAGUCUUUCUUAUAGAUCUCAACAGCACCCAUGGCACUUUCCUGGGACGUAUCCGGUUGGAGCCUCACAAACCACAACAGAUUCCCAUUGACUCCACGGUUUCUUUUGGAGCCUCCACGAGAAUGUACACCCUUCGAGAGAAACCUCAGACCCUUCCAUCUGCCUUGAAAGGGGAUGAUAAAACUGGGGAUGAUGAUGAAUUGAAAGGUCUCUUAGGCCUUCCGGAAGAGGAAACUGAGCUUGAUAAUUUAACAGAAUUUAACACUGCACACAACAAGAGAAUAUCAACACUUACUAUUGAAGAAGGCAACUUGGACAUCCAGAGAUCACGAAGGAAGAAGAGAAAUUACCGUGUUACCUUCAGUGAGGAUGAUGAAAUUAUAAAUCCAGAGGAUGUGGACCUUCAGUUGGACGUUUCAGAAAUAUGGUGCAGACAGCUGUAGUUCCAGUCAAGAAAAAGAAAACCGAAAAUCCUGGAUCUCUCAGCCUUGAAGAUUCUGUUGGUCGGCGUGUACAGAACUUUCCAUUUUCUGGGGGCUUGUAUGUUGGACUCCCUCCUGCCCAUUCUGAAGGAGGAGGACAGACGCCUGGCAGCCAUGGCACAGCGCUAAUUGGUGGGAUGCUUUUCCCUAACUUGGCACCUGAAGUUGAUCUUACUCCAACCACCCCAACAACUGUCCCUAUCACAGUUGCUCCUACUGCAUCAAGCUUUGUUGCUGAAGCUGUCAAUGAGCCCAAGAAGAAAAAAUAUGCAAAGGAAGCUUGGCCUGGGAAAAAGCCUACCCCUCUUAUUUAA